AUUUGCAUCGUCAAAACCCACAUAUUUGCACAUUAUCUGUGAUUUGCAUGCGGCUGUUAUUUAACACACGAACGCACGUCAUCUUUCUAAGAAAUGGGACAUUUUAGUGUUUUUCAUAGCCAAAUGUAAAAUAUCGCUAAAAUAAAUAAACACCCCAUUCUUUAUGGAGAGCAUGCAUAUAAUUUCCUCGGAAUGUAGGGAAAACACCUGUAAGCAGAAAGCGAGUGGCUGUAUUUUUCAUCAUUUUCUUCUUACUGACACGCGUGUAGGCCACGGCUGAUUUCCCGCUGAUAUUAUAUGAUGCAUUUGCUUUCACUCGUGUGGGCCUAAUAGGCUAUAUAACAGAAUGCGCGUAUUUAUUUCACCGUUAAUUUAAGAUUGAAUAUACCGGCGCAUUUAGUCCACCUUAGAAUCGUAUUGACGCAUAUCAGAUGUUGAUACAAAAUAUCAAUUGAUUCAAUGACUUGGAGGAAAAAUAGAGAAGGCUUUUUAAAUCCAAGAAAAGGUAAAAGGCCUUUUCACUGUCGAUCGACAGGAUGCAUGUUGCCAUAGAGACGGGAUGCAAGAGCGAGGAGGCCUCGAGAGGAAACGCCUGCGUGAGGGGCACGUGCACGGAUAAAAGACGGAUAGGCGAAUUUAAUUGUUUGAAUGGCUUAUUGACAAAAUGAAAUGUAUAUGCUGUCAGCAGUGGGGAAAGUAAUGGCCAGAAGCUGAACACAAAACGGCUUAAAAUAGCCAAAAAUUGAUUUUCUGGUCUCCCAGGCUGCAUGGUUUAGAGGGGUUUAUGAAAGGCUGGCUUCAAGAUCUUCUUGCUAAGCUAAACUAGCUGAGCAACUGUCUGCUAGGAUGAGUGUGUUAGCAUUUUCUUUGCAUUUGAUUCGAAGCAAAAAAUAUCGAAAAACCGAAAAAAAAACAAAGGUACAAGACUGUGUGCUAGUGAAGAACUGAUGUUAAUGAACGUAAAAACAAUCAUAAUGCAGUUUUUCACCAGAUAUUCCACUGUUAAACAUGAUUAUUUAAAGAAUGAGUUGAAAUUACGUGGACUGACAGCUUUAACAAAACCACAAACCAUCAAUUAACAAACUCGGAGCUCACAUCCAAUAUGAAGAGCAUAGAGCGAGAGCUACACUGUCCGGUGUGUGAGGAGAUGGUGAAGCAGCCGAUAGUGUUGCCUUGUAUGCACAGCGUGUGUGUGCUGUGUGCAGCAGAAGUCUUGGUUCAGAGAGGAUACCCUCCACCCGAACUCCCCCCAGAGCCCAACACACCCACCUCAAGCCCCAUCACACGCUCUCCCCGACAGGCUCGCCGGCCUCCACCCAAAACAGACCGUCUAGACCGGGUGAUAAGAACAGUGUGUGGGACACAUCCAGGACGCAGGCGUAAAGACACCCCGCCUGUGAUCAUGCUGUUCCCCUGUCCCACCUGCAGAAAAGAUGUGGAGCUGGGAGAGAGAGGGCUUGCAGACUGUCUGAGAAACCUCACGCUGGAGCGCAUCGUGGAGAGGUACAGACACACCGUGAGUCUCGGCAGCAUGGCAGUCAUGUGUCAGUUCUGCAAACCUCCUCAGGCUCUGGAGGCCACCAAAGGCUGUGCUGACUGCAGGUCCAACUUCUGUAACGAGUGCUUCAAGCUGUACCACCCCUGGGGCACACCGCGAGCCCAACACGAACACAUCCUGCCCACACACAACUUCAGACCCAAGGUAUUAGUGUGUGUGGAGCACGAGCAGGAGAGGUUGCAGUUUUACUGCAGGUCAUGUCAGCGUUUGUUAUGCCCACUUUGUAAACUCCGUCGAGCCCACAGUGGACACAAAAUCAUGCCUAUUGCGCUGGCUUACCAAACUCUCAAGGAGAAGAUGACCAAGGAGAUGAACUACAUCUUGGCCAAUCAGGAGUCUGUACAGGCACAGAUCACCCAAGUAGAGAGCGGCAUCGCUCAGACUGAGGUGAACAGCGCAGUGGCUAAGGAGCAACUGAAUCAGUGUGUGAGUGAAUUGCGCAGUGUGCUGGCGGAGCGUCAGGGGGCCUUAGCCAUGUUUCUGGAGGGGGCUCGUGGGCAGCGGGCAGGGGCUCUGAACACACAGCUCUCCGAAAAACAGAGUCUUUUGGAAAACGCAGGGCUGCUCACAUACACUCAAGAGCUGCUUAAGGAAACUGACCAGUCAUGCUUUGUGCAAGCUGCAAGAGUCACGCACAACAGACUGGUAAAAGCAAUAGAAAAUCUACAGCAUUUCUCUCUAUCUGCUGAUCCCUCAUUCCGACACUUUCAGAUGGACGUCUCUAGAGAACUCAAAGCGCUCAGUAGCAUGGACUUUAUACAAGCCCCAUUGGCUCCUGUGAUUGACACUCAAAAGACCUUGGCCUAUGACCAGCUGUAUUUGUGCUGGCGCCUCCCACAGGACUCCGCCCCCGCAUGGCACUACUCAGUAGAGUAUCAGAGGAAAGUGGGUGGGGCUGGAGCAUUAUGGGGCAGAGUCUUGUCUGAAGGAAGCUCAGGAAGUAAUGGCUCACAUUGUUCAUGGCAGCGUCUGGAUGAUGUGGGCGGGACCAGUGCAGUGAUUGACAAGCUAGAGAUGGACAGUGUGUAUGUCCUGAGAGUUCGAGGCUGUAAUAAAGCAGGGUUUGGAGAGUACAGUGAGGAGGUGUAUCUACACACACCUCCUGCACCAGUGUUGUCGUUCUGCCUGGAUUCCCGCUGGGGCCUACAUGCGGAGCGGGUGGCGCUGGGAAAAGGGCAGACAUACGCCCGGAGUGUUCCUGGAAUGACUCUGUUGCAGGCUGCAGAUCGGGCCCUCACCUCAUGUCACCUCACCUCUGACCUUCUUGUGGCCGAUGUUUCCAUCACACAGGGACGACACUACUGGGCAUGCUCAGUGGAGCCUGGAUCCUACCUGGUUAAGGUGGGAGUGGGUAUUGAAGCAAAACUACAGGAGUGGUUCCAUCUUCCACAAGACAUGGCAAGUCCACGGUACGAUCCAGACAGUGGUCAUGACAGCGGCGCAGAGGACGCCCAGGACUGUCCUCCUCCAUUCUGUUUCCUCACAAUGGGCAUGGGCAAGAUCUUACUACCCAAGUGUGGGGCAUCUAACACAUCUACCGGCCCCCUCACUGCCCCCUUACCACCUCGCCUCGGACUGUGUCUGGACUUCGAGAAGGGGCGGCUCACUUUUUACGACGCACACUCUUUGCGGGUGCUGUGGGAGGGGACUGUUGAUUGUUCCGCCCCUGUUUGCCCAGCGUUCUGUUUCAUUGGUGGAGGUGCUCUGCAGCUGCAAGAGCAAAUAGCCAAUCGCAGUACAGAACAGAACCCACCAAGAAGAGUGACCAUCCAAACACGUGCCACCGACGCCAGUCACUAAACCGUCUGAUCGCUUUGAAACUAGUCAAAUCUGCACCUUUAAGCAAAUCUUCUAUUAUCGUUUUCUAUCGACUUUGUUUACCUGCUUAUUUCGUAGCUAAUGAUGCAAUGACUGAUGAUAUUUUAUAUUAAGAUUCAUUUAAUUUCAAAGGAUAGACAUUAAGAAGUGGUUAUGGAUGCUAACAACAUGUAGCAUGCUAACAACAUGUAGGUCAAUAUUAAAUAACGAGGAAUCGUUCAGUUUUAUGGCCACAAAAUAAAAAAAAUGAAAUCAGGUAUGAUUCAGGUUCACUCAUAACACCUUCAUUUUGAACAUUCUUAUGAAAGCAAAUGAUUCCUCGCUAUUUACAAACUCGUUUUCCAGCAUUGUUAGCAUGCGAACCGCCUAAUAAGGGUGUGCUAAUAGUUAGUAAACAUCUUGAUUUGUUCAUUAACAAUGUAUGUGCUCUUUACAGGAAUGUAACAAUGCCAUGAAAUGUGAUCACGUUGCAAUUCAAAUCCAUUUGAGACAGUUUAUGGGUGUCUUGUUUAUCCGUUUCAUGUUUCUAAGUAGUUCCCAAUGUCCUUGAAUUGUCUUGCUACUUUGAGGCUCAACCAAGAUGCGAAACCUUUGGUUGGACAUGUUGUAUUGGUGUCAGUACAUGUCCUGUGCAUAGAGACCUUGUCUGUUUGGUUUGUUUGGGCCAAAACAGGGCUGAUGGAUGCCUUCAGCAAGCAAAACUAAAAUAACAACCGUGUAAUGAAAAGAACCUGCUUUUGUGAGAUCUCUACAGGUGCCUGCUCUAGUGUUACACAACCGACUCUCCCAUUUGAAUGUCCUAAAUAAUAAUCUCCAAAACAAAACAGUCUCUGACACACCUCAUACUGUUUUUUCAUAAACAUGACUGUUACGGUCAUGUCUUGUUUCUUUUUGCAGAAUGGGUAUGGUGACAACAAUUUAGCGGGCGAAGUUUAAUUUCAGAAAUGGAUGCUGCUUAUGACCGUGCAACUGUCAGUCAUUAGAGUGUGUUGUUGAAAGGAAAUUUUUGAAUUGUAUACUGAAUGUCAGUUGUAUUUAUUGUGUGCAAGUGAGUGAGUGUGUGAUAUGUUAUUGCAAUAAAGACAGUUGCUGAAAGCUCUGGUUUUGGCCAUAUUUUGUGCUAUUCAGGUCUCGUUGUGUGAAUUUAUAUUAAUGUUGAGAAUAUUAUGUAGCAUUUCUUAAACAUGCUGGUCCUUUGAAAAUUGGCAAAAUGUUUGUAAAAGACACUAAAUGAAAUAAAGCAUCAACAUUU